UAGUCAAAUAUUCUCAAAUUUUUUCAACUUGUGCCGAAAUAAAUUUUUGAAUUAUUCCAAAGGACACCGUAUGCCAAUUCUCUUAGAGAAAGUAGUAGAAUGUUUAAAGCAUUCAGUAUUUACAGUUGGGUUUAACCUUCAUAAACAUAACAUUGUCUUUUGUUAUUGUUCUUCUUGAAGAGUGUAAAGCAGGACAGUUUUAUGCUGUUACUCUGAGGUUAAGACUAAAUGUGAAAAUCAGGAAACUUUCAUACAAUCACCAUGGUUACUUUUAUUUUGGAUAUUAAUGAAAUUUUAAAAAAGGUGCAGGAAACUCAGAUUGAUUCUUUGAUCAAGUUUGAACCUGACUUUUCUUAAUUUUUUCCUAAAUUCAUAGAGCCUUAAGCCACAGUUAUCUUAAUGAACUGUGUUCACAUGUUGUAUCUCACAUUUGGCUGUACAGUAAACAGAUAAUUAGCAAGUAGCAGAUCAUCAGUUCUUGUUAUAAAAAAUGAAACACAUGGAUCUGCCAAAGUUGAGAAGAGUUGGUUAAUGGUUAAUUGUUUUUAACUGGAGUUAAUGUAGUUGGUUUUUGAACUGAAUGAUCCAGAAAAGGUCUAGCAAUUUUUUUGUUCAAAAAGAAAUCCAAGUUAGGGAGAGGGGCCAAUUGACAUCGGUUUGCAAAACGAUAAAAAAUUUCACUAUGAUAAGGAAAAUAAAUAAACAGGCAAUUGAAUGUUCUUUGUUAGUAGAGCUAACCUUGUUGAUGGCAUUAAUCUUCUCAAGGUAAAGAAAACGUGAUUGGUAUUGACAACUUAGUUAAAUAACUUUAACACAUAGCUUAUCAUAAUGCAAAUAGAUGUUGUAAAUCGCAUACCAUAGACACAGAUAGAUAAAAUGUAUUACAGAAGUUUGUGUCAGCUUCUAAAGAAUUUUAGGUGAUUUUUUUAAAUCAGGAAGGCCUGUAGUUAUAAUCAGUUUUACCUGGUGGUCAACUUUCAUUCAAUGCUAUUUCUAUUCUUUGUAUGAUGUAUAGUUCUUUGUUAUAGAUCUGAUCCAGGUGACCUACUUGUUUGCAAUUUAAUCACUGCUGCUCUUAUUAUCCAACUCCUACUCAUUUGUAGCCCUAGAUGCCUUUGUUAUUUAAACUAAUUUUCUGAAUAAUGAUUUGUCUCAUGCAGACUUGCAAGAAAAUUGUUUACCAGUCAAACACACUUAAGAUUUACCUAAAAUGCAUAGAAUAAAAAAAUCCUUCUACCUUUGUUAUAUAUAUAUAUAAGUAUCUUUGAAAAGUUUGACAUUUCUCCUGCCUACUGAGUUCUAGCUUUGGAUUUUUAGAUUUCUUUAGUUUUUCUUUUUGCUAAUAAUAAAAGUAUAUACCUUUAUAAUAUCUUUGUGAAAAUAUGUUCUUCUCACUGCUCCUUAUUUUCUAAGGCUUCAAAGAUAUUACCAGAGAUGAUUGAAGGGCUUUGCAGUGGAAAUUCUGAAAUUCAACUUGCUGCCGCACAGAGAUUUAGAAAAAUCUUAUCGGAAGAACCCAAUCCACCAAUCGAUGAAGUUAUAGAGACAGGUGUUAUACCUAAGCUUAUCCAGUUUCUGCAACAGGAAGAAAACAGUGUUUUACAGUUUGAGGCAGCUUGGGCAUUGACAAACAUUGCGUCAGGAACUUCGCACCAGACCAAGAUUAUCGUUGAUGCUGGAGCGGUGCCAAUAUUUAUUUCGCUGCUACAUUCAACACACGAAGAUGUCCAGGAACAGGCUGUUUGGGCACUUGGAAACAUUGCCGGUGAUGGUCCUUUGUGCAGAAAUUAUGUUCUUGAUCAAGGAAUCAUGCAACCGCUGCUUGAUUUACUCAAUCGAUGUUCCAAAAGCUCAAUGAUCCAAAACGCCGUCUGGUGUCUUUCAAAUCUGUGCCGAGGAAAAAGCCCGCCCCCUGAUUUUUCAAAGGUGUCACCCUUCCUGCCAACCCUCGCCAAACUGCUAUUCCAUAGUGACACAGACGUUUUAGCUGAUGCUUGUUGGGCAAUCGCAUACCUGUCCGAUGGGCCAAAUAUGAAAAUCCAAGCAGUCAUAGAUGCUGGAGUUUGCCGAAGACUUGUCGAAUUACUAACGCACCAUGCAACAAACGUAGUUUCUGCUGCAGUCAGAGGUGUUGGUAACAUUGUCACUGGCGAUGACGUCCAGACUCAGGUGAUUUUAAACUGCAAUGCAUUGCCCUGCUUGUUGCAUCUUUUGGGGAACGUUCGAGAAACAAUUAGAAAAGAAACCUGUUGGACAAUUUCGAAUAUAACCGCCGGAAAUAAACAGCAAAUCCAGGCAGUGAUCGACUCAAAUAUUAUCCCUGCGCUAGUUGAUAUACUAUGCAACGCUGAAUUCAAGACGAGAAAAGAAGCUGCCUGGGCGAUAACAAAUGCAACCUCCGGAGGGACGAGCAAGCAGAUUAAAUAUAUUGCUUCGCAAGGCUGCAUAAAGCCUCUCUGUGACCUUCUAUCUGUAAUGGAUACAAAAAUCGUUCUUGUUGCUUUGAAUGGACUUGACAAUAUCUUGAAGAUCGGCGAGAAGGAGGCCAAGUCAAUAGGAUCUCCAAACAGAUAUGCAUUGGAAGUGGAAGAAUGUUUUGGUAUAGACAAGAUCGAAUACCUUCAACAGCAUAGCAAUGAGGACAUUUAUAAAAAGGCAUACGAGUUGAUAGACACUUAUUUCAAGGAGGACGAGCCGUUAGAGGUCGACGCUGUUGCACCUCAAAUAGAAAAUAACGAAUUUACAUUCUCGCAGAACCUUCCUCUGCCCCAAGGAGGAUUCAACCUGUAAUGAAGAGGACAUGAGAGUUACCAUAUCUCUCAACCCUCGAUGCGCUUGCAUGUUGAUAUCAUGCCAGCAUAUUGCCUUAACACGCUAUACGUUGCGUUCUCUUGCGCUUCGCCUGCGCGUUGUCUGUGCGUCUUUAACGGUCGAUAGGCAGAUUUGGUAACGCAAUCUUCCCAAGGGUCAUUCUUGUAUUGCAAUUUUUAUCUUCAUUUCCUGGGUGAAAGCUCUUUUCUGUCACAUGUGCAAACAUUUAAUUAACCAACUGAUAUCAAUCGAAAAAUUUUCCAUAUGAUUUUAAUUCUUUUACCCGAAAGCCACAAGCCACGUCCGUCGUUGCAUCUGUUGAAGUUUUAAAGUUGCUUCAGAGACGAUAGACUGUCCAAUGCUAUUUCAAAUAGAUAGAAUGUACAUGAUAGAUACGGGCUUGAAAGGCCUCAAGUUAUAUCUCAUUUAAUGGUUGUUAAAUGAUAUGCUUAACGUAUAUUCCCGUUUAAAUUCCCUUCUUCCGUGAUCUUUGCAAAGCCAAUGGAGGAAACUCGACGUUUUCACGGCAGACAGUGCCCAAUAAAAGUCACUUUUCAUAACAAAGUAGUAGCCAUGUUUUCUUUCAAACAAGCCCUCGUUUUUGCCAAUUGGGUUAAGUGUUAUUACAAUGGUGGAUAUUAUGGCUAUUCCGUUAAUUUUCACGUGGUUCAAAUUGUUAGUUCUCUGAUUUGCUUCUACCAACAGCCUUCAUCAGUUUCAAGUUAGGCAGCCUUUUAUUCAAUGGGGCCAUUGUGGUAUUUGAGAGCAAUCAGGAACUGGCUCGUAACAGUAAAUUGCUCGGCCUUUCAUAACGAUGGCAAAGCCACUUCUAUAUAUUGACAGCUUUGAUAGACUCUAUUGUUGCUUGAUAGUAUUGUGAAUUUUGUUCACAUUGCUAGCGAUCGUAGCUUACUGGCUUGUCUAAAUAUAAGUUUCCCGUCAAUUGUAUUAUCCUCACCUUGUUGCAGUUUGGACGCUCUGAAGGAGUAGCAAUGUUGAUAAAUGUGUUUGUGUAUCGUAGAAGCAACUGCCUGCAUCGUUUUCUACAAGAAAGACAUUGUACAAUUUUUCAAUUUCCUGUCCAAAAUUCUAAUUUUCUAUGAAAGUGAAGACUGGCGUUUUUAGACGACAAUUAUCUAGUUGAAUUAUAAAAUUUAAUACUGUUA